AUCUAGUUUUGGAAGGAAGCAUGGUCUUUUCAAGUUUCUCAGUAUUGCUCCAUUAGUAGAUAUUGAAUAUAGACUCUGUAGGUUCACACAGUAAUGAACACAACUCUUUUUCUAAGAUUUGUACACACAAAUUUCUAAAAACGGUUACUGGAACAUAGAAGAUAGCAAGGAACUAUACUUCGAAGUUAAGUGGGCUAUCAGUGACAUUGAAAAGGAGAGUUGCAAACCUUUCUAUGAGCAAUUACUGAAGAAAGUGUAUGCAUGGGAUAUUAAGUCUGCUACCAGUUGAGUCAACAGAGGUCAUCUGUAGAAAUAGUAAGAGACUAUUUAGGGAAGAAAAAUACAUGGUAAUAGAGAAAGCUACAGAACCUUCAGAUAUGGAUGCUGCUAAGAUAAAGGCAUCAGAAUAGGCGAGGAAACACAGGCAGAAUAAAGUGUUCCCUGUAAGCUGUAUUAAAAAUUGACAAAUUAUGUCUGACUUAGAAGAGAGGUGUAAUACGUUAGCUUACUCUGACACUGAGGAGAACUGUGAUGUUAAUCUUGAAGGAGCAUGUGGGGGGGAUAUCUCUUUACGAGGAUCCACCCUUAGCUUCGAGCAGUUGUCAGAGCAUACUGCUGAUGACACAGAUAACUUGAGCAUGGAAGUCAACCUCGGUGAGAGUGGUUCUCGUCAAGCCAGUGAAAUUAGCUCUUUGUCAUAUCAAAACCUGAUUGAUGAUGAUGGGCUGGAAAGUAUGGGCUUACAACAUGAUAGUGAUGAGAGUGGAGAGUCAUGUAUUAAUGAUUAUCCUGAUGUAGAGAUUGAUUUCCCUACCGAUGAUAUGGACCAUUCUGCUGACAUUCUUGCUGAUAGUCUCACAGAAAAGCUGUGCAAAUGUUCUGGUAAGGACCUUGGUUCUCAUCAGAACUUAGCUCCAGACAUUCUUGGUCAGAAUAGUAUUCAUUCCAAGAGUGGUUCUGAUACUCUUUCAGAUGGAAGUGAGAGUGUUGGAGGAAGCCAUCAUUACAACAAACAUUCUUCAAGACAGAAGGAAUUGCGUUCAGAUAUACUUGAUGGGAAAGAUGUGAAGCUGUUGGACAGGAAUGGAAUUCUCAAUACUGCUGCUGAUAUUGGCUUAGAGAAACCCUGGGAAGUAGCAGUUAAUCUUAGAGAAAAAUCAAAAGACUCCAAGUACUGUAGUCCAGAUGAGACUGUUAAAAAAAGGAAUAGCUUAGAAAUUCGAAACAAUAUUCCAACAAUUGGAGAAGUAAAAAAUUAUGAUGAAAGAAAUAUUCCAUCUUCAACAAAGUAUAAUUCCCAGGGUGCUAAACCUAAGAUAAAACGUCAAUCUCCAGGAUUUGCAAGACGGGUAAAUCAUAGUAAUAGUUCAGGUAGUUGUAGUGAUCGAGAUGGAUCUAGUUCAGAACGAGAAACCCUUCCAUAUAAUAAUCAGGACCUGAAGCAAAUAUCUCCCGUUGAGCAAACUUUGCAAUCAGAUCUAGAUGUGACUAUGCAUAAUGAAGUAUCUAAGCCUGAUAGAAAUUCAGCCCGAAAGAAUGUUAAUAUUGAAAAUGAAUACGAUUAUGUUAAGUAUGCACGCAUUCAUCAGGGCAAUUCUUAUGUUGGAAUGCGUUUAGCUUUUCCUAGCUCGAGUAUUAGUAGCAGUUCACCUGAAAGCUCUCGUGAUUGUUCUCCUGAGAAAAUCAUUCAUCAAAAGAACGGACCAGAAAUUUCUGAUCGUAGUCAGCAUCAAGUGAGAGUGAGUGAAGAUUGUUUAACUGAAAUUCCUUUAAAUAACACUGAACCUUUAGUGGUGGAAGAAAAGAGAGCAUUCACACUGUCUCCUGAAAAUACUGAAUGUGAUAGUGCUGAAGUGGAGAGUGUAUUAUCUGAUGAAGAAAAGUCUAAUACUGGUGGAAUGCCAAUUGUAGAGGAUGGUUUAUCUGGAAGUCAAGCUAGUGAUGUUGAUGAAGCAUUCCCUCAUGAAUGUGAUUCUCCUGCCAAGAUGUUGCAGUUAAAGCAAAAGUCUGAGCUGAAUCAGGAGAUUAAUGGCGAAGAAACUCAUAUAAAUGGCAAAGGAAAAAGUAUUGAUACUAGUGGAAUUAAAGAUGAACUUGAUGCCAAAGAAGCUCUUAAUCAUACCAUGGCUGACAUUAAGACUGCUAUUCAAAAAAGUAAAAAUGUCUCCCUAAAAUCUUCAUUUACUGAAAACUCAACUACGGAGGAACCAGUUUGGAUCAAAAGUGUGCAGUCAGAUGAGGAUAUUGAGCAAGGAAAAGAUGGGAAAAACAGCAAUAAAAUAAGAGAUAAUUAUGAAAAACUUCAUCGUAAUGAAGAAAUGAGACGUGUACUGGAAGAAAUUGAAAGACGCCAAGAAGAGGAAUUUACUAGGAGAGAACAAGAAAAAGAGGAUGCUGAUGACUCAGAACCAUUACCUGUAUCCACCUCAGCUGAUGGAGAAGCUGAAGGCAAUAACAGUUCACCCAAAUCUGAAUCGAAAGUCACAUCUCCACCACAGUCAGAAGCUAAAGUCUAUGAGAUGGAAAAUGAGAAAGAUGGUCUUUUAGAAAACCAGUACACUAGAAAUGAUGGUAAAACCUAUCAGACACCAAAAGGUUAUGAAACCGAUGAUGAGUAUGAAGAUAAUGAAGAUAUGUGUUAUGUUCGGCGCAACAAGGGGAGAAAAUAUGCGUCGGUUCCAAAUGAUGAAGGCAUUGAGAAAUCUGUUUAUCGCACAGUUUCCAAAAAAGUCUCCAGUGAUCUGUCGUCACUGAGCAAGGAUAAAGACCAGUUUUAUAACGAUGUUUCGCAUGCCUCUGCACAUGGUGCUCCUAAUUCUAGUGCAUGUCAGCGAACGUCUGUCCCAACCAAGUACUACUCGGGAUCACAGGGUUCAUCUGAGGAAAGUGGAAGUGAUGAAGUUGUUUCUCCAUCCAAUAGUACAACUGCCUAUGUCAAGACAGCUACUCCUGGAGUAAAUUCAAUAAGCAGUACAGACUAUGAUGAUGAAGAUGGCGAUUCGCCCGUGCAAUUCCGCUGCCCUGCUACCAAUUUUGAUACAGAUGAAGAAACUGACAAAUUACUCCAAAAACAAUAUCAAACUGACCAGCAUGUUGACAUUCCAGAGUUGAGUAAACCUCCAAUAAAUCUCGGUGCACAACCUGUGAAGAAGAAUAUGGCUGAGAAAAGGCGAUCACGUGCUAAGGAGGUUUGCAUAAAUGAUCCGGACAACCCUGCAGUAUUGAUAGAAGGUGUGUUAUUUCGAGCACGUUACCUUGGUUCUACACAAUUAAUAUCUGAAGGGCAACCAUCAAAACCAAUGAGAAUGAUACAAGCACAAGAAGCUGUUGGACGAAUUAAGGCUUCGGGUGGUGAUAAAGAGCUAUCUUCAGUGCCAGCUGAGAGUUAUGAGACUUUGGGCACUCUUCAUUUUGGUAAACGAUAUCAGGCUCCAGAGGGAGAAAACCAACCUAGUACUGAAGUAGAUUUGUUUGUGUCCACUGAAAAAAUCAUGGUUCUCAAUACAGAUCUCCAGGAAAUCAUGAUGGAUCAUUCCUUACGGACAAUAUCAUAUAUUGCUGACAUUGGCGACAUCCUGGUAAUCAUGGCUCGCCGGCGUCUCCUCUCCAGCCCGGGGGAUGAAUCUUUACGAAGAAAGAAACAGGCGAAGAUUCUUUGUCAUGUCUUUGAAUCUGACGAGGCUCAACUAAUUGCCCAGUCUAUUGGGCAGGCAUUCCAGGUUGCCUACAUGGAGUUUCUGAAAGCUAACGGUAUUGAUGACCCCGGUAUCAUCAAGGAGAUGGACUACCAGGAUGUGCUGAACCAGCAAGAAAUCAUGGGGGAAGAAUUAAACCUUUUCACCAAUAAGGAUUUCCACAGAGAGGUAAUUGUUCCCAAAUUAAAAGGGGAACCUAUUGGUAUUGUGAUAGUUGAGUCUGGCUGGGGUUCAAUGGUCCCCACUGUAGUUUUGGCAAAUAUGGCCCCAUCAGGUCCGGCAGCCAGAUGUGGCGGGCUCAAUAUUGGUGACCAAAUCAUAUCUAUAAAUGGAAUCAGUAUGGUUGGCCUACCAUUGUCCACAUGUCAAACUUAUAUUAAGGGUGCCAGACAACAGACUGUGGUCAAACUUACUGUUGUGCCUUGUCCUCCUGUGGUAGAAGUUCUUAUCAAACGACCAGAUGUGAAAUAUCAGCUUGGCUUCAGUGUACAAAAUGGUGUGAUUUGCAGCCUCCUGCGUGGUGGAAUUGCAGAGCGAGGUGGUGUUCGUGUGGGUCACAGAAUAAUUGAGAUCAAUAAUCAAAGUGUUGUUGCAGUACAACAUGAGAAAAUUGUUGCAUUGUUGGCCAAUUCUGUUGGGGAAAUUCACAUGAAAACAAUGCCAACAUCAAUUUUUAGGUUACUGACUGGUCAAGAAACUCCUCAUUAUUUGUGAAAAUAGUUUUUGGUCCCCAUUUUUAACCAGUAGCAGACUAUUUGUCAGUUUCUCUUAUUCUGACUUCUGCUGCUGCUGGUGAUGGUUGUCCUUGUUGGUGCUUAAUGGCAGCUUGGAAAGCAAGUCUCUUCUCUUCAUCAUAGCGAUAUCCAGGAUGGGACUGACACACACAAAAAGCAGCAACAGCAGUAGUGAUGAAGCUACUUUGUGAUACAUCAGCAUGUAGAAACUAUGGCCAGUAUUAUGGGUUAUCUAUGGUCUGUCCAGAUAUUGAUGAAAAGGCUCUCCCAGUCCCUUAGCUUGCUCACUCACUUAUCAGCUGACAUCUGACUGCUACACGCCAACUUUUAGUCAGUCUUUGAAGGACUAUAUAUUUAUUCACUUGCUCCAAAGUACCUGAUUUCUAGUCGUGGUAUACACUGGUGAAAAUCUGCUUUACUAUAUAUAGUAGUCACUUCCCCUCCAAGAUCUCUUAAAUCCUUAGGUAAAUAUUUAGAAGGCUUUUUAACUUAAAAAUUCUGAAAUUCAUUUGAAAAAGUUUUUAAAUAACUGAAUAAUAAAUCUAAAAUUAAACUUUAAAAAAAAACACUGCUAAGCCCAUAAAGUAAAUUGUUGCUUUUAAGUUGUUGAAUGAACUUUUUAUGACGUGUUUUGUAUAUUUUUGUUUGAUUACAAAAUAUUCUCUGUAUGUAAUUAUAGGAAUUUUGAGUGCAUGUCUAUGCACACACGCACACAAGAUGUAUUUUGCAUGUGUGCAUAUUACAUUCAUCUCCCAUAUUCCUAUCAAUUCUUAUCUAAAUUUAAUUUAUCUUGGUUAAUUCUUUUAUACCCUCUAUUUUAACCAUAGAAUGAGUGUGUAGCAGUUAAUGAAUACUCAUGGGCUAUAAAUGACAGCCCUAAAUUUUAUAUCUCACAAUAGAAUGGCUCAACAAACAGUAGUAUGUAAACUGCUGAUUGGAUACAGGUUGGACAUAUUCUUCAUACCACUGCUAUCUUGCCUGAAAUACUUUCCGUUCAGUUGAAAAUGUUCUUUUAUUUUCUGAAAUUUCAGAAAUUGACUGGAUGAUUAUCAUCAUACUUAGAACCUCUGUUUGUAAUAAUCUUGGUUUGCUAACCACUAAAAUCCAUUUUGUGUCUGUGUGCAUGUAUGAAUGUAUGUGUGUGUAUAUGUAUGCACUUGGGUGAUUAAAAUAUUCUUUUGUGCAAUCCUCUCCCCCUUACACAGUGCUGUUGAGUAUCUUUGUUUCUAUUAACUCUUUUUUCCACAAACAUUAUCUGUGGAGGAAAAAAAAAGACAACAGAUAUAACUGUUAUUGUCUUUAUUUGUUUAAAUUUAUAAAUCACCUUAAUUUUAAUAUUCACAUUUUUUUUUUAAGUAAUUGAAAUAACAUAGAACCUGAAAUAUCUUUUUAAUCUUUAAGAGACAUUAAUGAAAAUAUAAAAAACAAAAAAAAAACACAUGAAGAUAACUUCACCAGUGCAAAGCAAACCAACAA